CAAGAUACAGGACAGGUAAAACCUGCACCACAUGAACGUGAACGAUGCGGAAUCGGAGAGUCCUGGAUCCCAAGAUGCGGAAAAAAUGGAGAAAAUUGAAAACGACGAGGGCAAGGAUGAGAGUUUGGAUAUAUCCGAGAAAUCCAUUACGAUCGCCAGGGAUACUGAUUCCAUUUUGAAAUCUGAAAAUGGCUGUGACUCCGUUUCGUCCAAGACAGGCAGCAACGAAUUAAACUCAAUUUUACCACCGACACUACAAGAAAGAUUUCUUCGUAUUAAACGAAUAGUUAAAGAUGCAAUUGCUGCUCAUCGUACUUUUAUGAUAUAUGGAAGAUCACGCGUAGUUCGAGAAUGCAUGUUGAAGAGAGGAUGGUGCGAGAAAUUCUAUAAGAAAAUUACUAACGCUGAUCAACAUAUGACUGUCGAUUCAAGCCCAGUAGCUCUACUAGCUGGAAUAGGUGACCUCAAGGAUCAGCAAAGUGAGCGUCAACUCAUUUCAAAAAUGCUCAGCAACCACACUGUCGACUUCCUCUGGAACACUGGCUCAGACUGGCCAGGAUGGCCAACCCAGGAUAAUAAAACUACAAUCUUCAAUAGAUUCUGUAGAGCUGGCUUCACCUCCAAGGUGGGCCUUUGUUCAAAUGUCAGACAAAUGCAUUGGUACUACGAAGCUGGUGUUGCCAACACGUUAUUUCCACGUUGCUACAACAUAUGUCAGGGUGAUCAAAUGCACGCCUUCGUUGAAGACUUCCGGUUCACUGCGUGUCUCAGCUUACUCAAGUGGCUCGUAGACAAGAUCAACACCGAGGGUGAAAACGCAACCAGGUCACCGACUGGUACAAUUCCUCUGAAAGCAUUAGAUUUUGCUAUUAGACGUUGCAGCGACUACAUUGGUGCCCAAUCGCACGAGGAUAUCGAUCAGGAAGUUGAGAGGGUCUGGUCCCAUCAAUGGGAUCAAUUUAUCUGCUGGUAUUACAAGAUCAUUCAGGGUCAAGCUGUUUUCGUUAGAAACAAUGUACCUUUUCACAAAUACUUUCUGGCCUCGAGGCACAUCCUCAAGAGGAUCCGGAAGUACUGGCCGCAAUUGGACAUGGAUGGUAUCACAAACGUUUGGAUAUUAAAACCUGGAAAUAAAAGUAGAGGUCGUGGAAUUACUCUCAUGAACAGGCUUGAGGAUGUAGUGGCUAAAGUUAAUCCAGCUAAUAAAUCAGACACCCGUUACGUCGUUCAGAAAUAUAUUGAAAGACCAUUCUUGGUGUACAGUACUAAAUUUGACAUCAGACAGUGGUUCAUUGUAUCGUGUGCACAACCCUUGACUCUGUGGAUGUACAGGGAAAGCUACCUAAGGUUUUGCUCACAAAAAUUUUGUCUUACGGAUUUUCAUGAAUCCAUUCACUUGUGCAAUCAUGCUAUUCAGUGCAAAUACAAAAAUAGUAACGACAGAGAUCCUGCGCUUCCGUCGGAUAACAUGUGGGACGCCACAACAUUUAAGCAAUUCCUCAAAACACAGGGCCAUAACGACGCUUGGGAUGAGCUCAUUUAUCCGGGAAUGAAACAGGGUUUGGUUGGCUCCUUAUUGGCUAGCCAGGAAGCCAUGGAUAGACGUAAAAAUAGUUUUGAAUUGUAUGGCGCUGAUUUUAUGGUAAUGGAGGAUUUUUCUGUUUGGCUGAUCGAGAUUAAUAGUCAUCCUGAUAUGAACUACACUACCAGUGUGACUACGCGUUUAUGUCGGCAGGUUAUGGAAGACACUAUUAAAGUGGUUAUCGAUUUUCGCGAGGAUAAAAAUGCGGACACUGGCGAAUUUGAGCUGGCUUAUAGACAAAGGAUGCCAAGCUGUCAGCCGUAUUUGGGUGCCGCACUGUCACUGCAAGGAACGAGAAUAACAGCUUGCGAGAAGAAACACAAUUCUAACUCGCAGGAUUCCAAGCUGAGUCUAGUUUCAAAAUCGCCACCGAUCUCUCUGCCAAAAAAGAAAUCAACCGUGCAUAGCUACAUAGGACCGGUAAUAGUGGAUUUGAUAGAGGAACUAGAAAUUCAAUUAGAUCAAGAAUUUUAUACCUGCUACAAGCUGGAAUCUCCUAAGAUGCGACAAUCGUUACCAGCUACUGCACCUUCUAAGUCAUCAAAACCAUCACUCGUAUCUGUCAAACAUGAAUCCACUGCUACGAGCACCAGUGCUGCCAUCACGUCACAGAAUACAAAAAUAAAAUCACCAGCAUUGAACCAGAAAAACUCUUCUAAGCCAAUUGGAAAUUCUAAGAGUCCAAGACAAAAGACUAAGAGCAAAAGCAGAACGGCAGCUACCGCUAUUGUGAAUACGAGAUCAGAUGCGUCAUCGGAGCGGCAAAGUUUGAUUUCGAAAAUUAUGAAGCUUCAACAACAAAGCGACCGUUCGGUACUUUUGAAAUCUGAAAAGUCUCAGGCUAAGCAAAACGAAGAGAAGAUCAUCAGCACUGCCAUGAGAGAUGCUAUUAGUAAAUAUAAGAGAAAUGGAACAGUUCCUCUCGAGGUGCCACCACUGCCGUCUCUCCUGAUUCCAAGCAGCACAGGAAAGACAAAGAACAAAAAUCAAGGUCCUCAAAGAAAGAAAAAUCCACAAAAGAAGAAAAAAAUUCUUCUCGACAUAACAGACAUGUACGCAGUUGGAUUGGGUCUUACAAAAUGACAAAUUACCAUCGAUAACUACCAAUUGCCUCCUAACAGAAUCCACAACGCAUUUCUUAAUUGUCAUGAAAUAUCUAUAUUUAACCUUACAAAAAUAAUGUACCGAUAAUAAAGUAUCGAGAUGUUCCCAAAACGCAAAAACAAAAAGAAGUAAACGAUAACCUCAAAUGUAAAAUCACUCGUUGCAGUAUCGAUAACGAAUAAAACAAUAGAAUUGGACGUUUCUAUAAAUAUGAGAAAAAAAAAGUUACGAAAAUUCCCAAUAACCGUUUUGCACGCAAUUUACACGUAAAUUCAAUGGAAAAUUCUAAUAGAAUUUUAUAACCAAACAAAAGUCAUUCCUGGAACAGUGAUUCGAGUAUACUUUUGAAAAAUAAUUUAAUGUUAAUUCGCGAGCAAUUAAAUAAUCUCGCAUUCUUUCUUGCCAUACUG